CGGGCUGGGCCGGGGGCUGGUGCGGAGCGGCGUGGGCAUCGGCCCCCAGCGGAGCACGGGGAGGCCCUUCCGCACGGCGCUGAGAUCCGGGGCCACGGAGGCCGGAGCGCCGCUGCUGGUGACCGCGGUCCUGAAACUUCCCCCCUCCGCCCUCCCUCCGCCUCGGGCCCAACGCCCCCGGCCCCGCCGGCGUCCCAGGCUCGCCGCCCCCUCCCCCCCAGUCGUAGCAGGGCCGGAAGGCGGCCGCCCCGCUUGACUCAGCCCGGGGCACGGGCGGCGCCGGCGGCAGGCUGGACAGCGAUUUCUGCGGCCCGCGCUGGCUCUGCGCAGCGGGGGAGCGAAGUUCGCAAACUUCCGGGCCACGGGGGCGGCGGUGGCGGCCCGCGUGGGGCCCCUCGCAGCGACCGGGGGCCGACAGCCUCGGGAGGGCGCCGCGGAGCCCCGGUACAGGCCCGAUCGGACGCGGGUAGCGAGAGUACAGUUAUGGCCACCCAGGUGAUGGGGCAGUCUUCUGGAGGAGGCAGUCUCUUCAACAACAGUGCCAACAUGGGCAUGGCCUUAACCAACGACAUGUACGACCUGCACGAGCUCUCGAAAGCUGAACUGGCAGCCCCUCAGCUCAUCAUGUUAGCCAACGUGGCCCUGACGGGGGAGGCAAGCGGCAGCUGCUGCGAUUACCUGGUCGGUGAAGAGAGGCAGAUGGCCGAAUUGAUGCCCGUGGGAGACAACCACUUCUCAGAAAGUGAAGGAGAAGGCCUGGAAGAGUCGGCUGACCUCAAAGGGCUGGAAAACAUGGAACUGGGAAGUUUGGAGCUAAGUGCUGUAGAACCCCAGCCCGUAUUUGAAGCCUCAGCUGCCCCAGAAAUAUACAGCGCCAAUAAAGAUCCCGCUCCAGAAACACCCGUGGCGGAAGACAAAUGCAGGAGUUCUAAGGCCAAGCCCUUCCGGUGUAAGCCUUGCCAGUACGAAGCCGAAUCUGAAGAGCAGUUUGUGCAUCACAUCCGGAUUCACAGCGCUAAGAAGUUCUUUGUGGAGGAAAGUGCAGAGAAACAGGCCAAAGCCUGGGAGUCGGGGUCGUCUCCGGCCGAAGAGGGCGAGUUCUCCAAAGGCCCCAUCCGCUGUGACCGCUGUGGCUACAAUACCAACCGGUAUGACCACUACAUGGCACACCUGAAGCACCACCUGCGAGCUGGCGAGAACGAGCGCAUCUACAAGUGCAUCAUCUGCACGUACACGACGGUCAGCGAGUACCACUGGAGGAAACACCUGAGAAACCAUUUCCCCAGGAAAGUCUACACCUGCAGCAAGUGCAACUACUUCUCAGACAGAAAAAAUAACUACGUUCAGCACGUGCGAACUCACACAGGAGAACGCCCGUAUAAAUGUGAACUUUGUCCUUACUCAAGCUCUCAGAAGACUCAUCUAACGCGACACAUGCGGACUCAUUCAGGUGAGAAGCCAUUUAAAUGUGAUCAGUGCAAUUAUGUGGCCUCUAAUCAGCAUGAAGUGACCCGACAUGCAAGACAGGUUCACAACGGGCCUAAACCUCUUAAUUGCCCGCACUGUGACUACAAAACAGCAGAUAGAAGCAACUUCAAAAAGCACGUGGAGCUGCAUGUUAACCCACGGCAGUUCAACUGCCCCGUGUGUGACUACGCGGCUUCUAAGAAGUGUAAUCUACAAUACCAUUUCAAAUCUAAGCAUCCCACCUGUCCCAGCAAAACAAUGGAUGUCUCCAAAGUGAAGCUAAAGAAAACCAAAAAGAGAGAGGCUGACCUGCUUAAUAACGCCGUCAGCAACGAGAAGAUGGAGAAUGAGCAAACAAAAACAAAGGGGGAUGUGUCUGGGAAGAAGAACGAGAAACCUGUAAAAGCUGUGGGAAAAGAUGCUUCAAAAGAGAAGAAGCCUGGUAGCAGUGUCUCAGUGGUCCAGGUAACUACCAGGACUCGGAAGUCAGCGGUGGCGGCGGAGACUAAAGCAGCAGAGGUGAAACACACAGACGGACAAACAGGAAACAAUCCAGAAAAGCCCUGUAAAGCCAAGAAAAACAAAAGAAAGAAGGAUGCUGAGGCCCAUCCCUCCGAAGAGCCUGUGAACGAGGGACCAGUGACAAAAAAGAAAAAGAAGUCUGAGUGCAAAUCAAAAAUCGGUACCAACGUGCCAAAGGGCGGCGGCCGAGCGGAGGAGAGGCCGGGGGUCAAGAAGCAAAGCGCUUCCCUUAAGAAAGGCACAAAGAAGACGCCGCCCAAGACAAAGACAAGUAAAAAAGGUGGCAAACUUGCUCCAAAGGGGAUGGGGCAGACAGAACCUUCUUCUGGGGCAUUGGCUCAAGUGGGGGUGUCUCCAGACCCUGCCCUCAUUCAGGCAGAGGUCACCGGGUCAGGAUCUUCUCAGACAGAGCUUCCUUCACCCAUGGAUAUUGCUAAGUCAGAGCCCGCCCAGAUGGAGGUUUCCCUAACAGGGCCACCUCCGGUGGAGCCUGCUCAAAUGGAGCCAUCGCCUGCGAAACCUCCCCAGGUAGAAGCACCCACUUACCCCCAGCCUCCCCAAAGGGGGCCUGCCCCUCCCACGGGGCCUGCCCCUCCCACGGGGCCUGCCCCUCCCACGGAGCCUGCCCCUCCCACGGGGCUUGCCGAGAUGGAACCUUCUCCCACGGAGCCUUCCCAGAAGGAACCACCUCCCAGUAUGGAGCCUCCCUGCCCCGAGGAGCUGCCUCAGGCCGAGCCACCUCCUAUGGAGGAUUGUCAGAAGGAGCUGCCUUCUCCCGUGGAGCCCGCUCAGAUUGAGGUUGCUCAGACGGCCCCUACGCAGGUUCAGGAGGAGCCCCCUCCUGUCUCGGAGCCACCUCGGGUGAAGCCAACCAAAAGAUCAUCUCUCCGGAAAGACAGAGCAGAGAAGGAGCUGAGCCUGCUGAGUGAGAUGGCGCGGCAGGAGCAGGUCCUCAUGGGGGUUGGCUUGGUGCCUGUUAGAGACAGCAAGCUUCUGAAGGGAAACAAGAGCGCCCAGGACCCCCCAGCCCCACCGUCACCAUCGCCAAAGGGAAACUCGAGGGAAGAGACACCCAAGGACCAAGAAAUGGUCUCUGAUGGGGAAGGAACUAUAGUAUUCCCUCUCAAGAAAGGAGGACCAGAGGAAGCUGGAGAGAGUCCAGCUGAGUUGGCUGCUCUCAAGGAGUCUGCCCGUGUUUCAUCCUCUGAACAAAACUCAGCCAUGCCAGAGGGUGGAGCAUCACACAGCAAGUGUCAGACUGGCUCCUCUGGGCUUUGUGACGUGGACACUGAGCAGAAGACAGAUACUGUCCCCAUGAAAGACUCCGCAGCAGAGCCAGUGUCCCCUCCUACCCCAACAGUGGACCGUGACGCAGGGUCACCAGCUGUAGUGGCCUCCCCUCCUAUCACGUUGGCUGAAAACGAGUCUCAGGAAAUUGAUGAAGAUGAAGGCAUCCAUAGCCAUGAUGGAAGUGACCUGAGUGACAACAUGUCUGAGGGGAGUGACGACUCAGGACUGCACGGGGCUCGGCCGACACCACCAGAAGCUACGUCAAAAAAUGGGAAGGCAGGGUUGGCUGGUAAAGUGACUGAGGGAGAGUUUGUGUGUAUUUUCUGUGAUCGUUCUUUUAGAAAGGAAAAAGAUUAUAGCAAACACCUCAAUCGCCACUUGGUGAAUGUGUACUUCCUAGAAGAAGCAGCUGAGGAGCAGGAGGAGCAGGAGGAGCGGGAGGAGCAGGAGUAGCUGAGCCUCGGCAGAAGCACCGUGCAGACUUUGUGAGCAUGCAAUUUUAAUUUGUAGACAAACGCAAGCUUGCUUUAAUUAGUCUCCAAGGCUGAGUUUUCAGUAACAUUCUUUUUCUUAGGACUGUACAUCUAUUUAGUGUUUGUUGCAUAAAUCUUAGCAAAUCCUCGGGAGUUAAUGUAAGAGGACAGAUAUGUAACUAGCUCGUGCAGGCAGGUGCAAGGAGAAGGGUAAGAUGGUGGAACACACCACUUGCCUUGUCUGCCUACAACCUGUUGGGUUUUCUUUUCACGGUAGUUCCUAAUUUUUAGUUACUUGUUUAGAUCGAUAAAAAUUGGCUUAGUAAAUUACUUGAAGAAUUUGCCUGCUUUAUAUAAAUUAAGUUAGCACUUUACAGUUUCUUUAGAGAUGAAAAAAAAGAGAUUUUAAUUGGAGAGAAAUUCUCAACAUUGGACAUUGUAUCUGUCCAGGUAAUUGCUUCCUAACUUGCUAUCAAUAUUUUGUGUUUAUAUGUUAAUCGUUAUAAAAAGUGAUUUUUGUUUUUUGGGUAUUUUUUAUUUUGGUGCUUUUCUGGCUUAAGAUGUUGCACAUGGUUCUUGUUUUUGUUUCUUUAACCUAUGCAGUUAAUCUCCCUUCCCCUGAAACAGCGUUGUGUUAAAUAGUAACACUAUACAGAUAUAUGCAUGGUUUUUUUUUUUGUUUGUUUGUUUGUUUGUUUUUCCUUUUUGGAGGGAUGCUUUUAGGCUUGUUUGCAAAGGGCCAUUUUCCUUUUCUUUGCUGCAGUUGUCUUUUUUGCAGAACAAUAGUGUGUGAAAGUUUAUAAGCAAUGGAACAUGCAGGUUCAAUCCAUUGUUUUGGGUUUUGUUUUGUUUUAUUUUUUUAUUUUAAAUUUCACCACUUAUCUAUGCCAGAAUUAGUUUCAUAUAAGUUAUUUUGAAUGGUGAGGAUAUGUGUAAUUCCACAGCUUUCCAGUCUGAUUUUUUUUUUUCCCCCCAGUAAGUCACUAGAUGCAUAUUGAACAAAUAUUUGUCUCAAAAAUCAGCCACCAGUGUUCUUUUGCUGUUUCUAGCUCAUUACAGAGCGAUCAUCCUUUGAGGAGUUGUCUUCAGGAGAUGGUUGAUGGUUACUCCACUGAGUAGAGACCUCCAAGUGGUAUUGGAAGCAGCAAACCUGGAGUGAGACAUAAUUAUCCUUCAGACUGGAGACUGUCAGUUGUGAGAAAGCCACUGUGGUCACAUGGCUAGGCUAGUUGAAAGUGCCGAGUUCCAGCAGGCGGCUGCUGCUGUUUCCAGUGAGUACUGAAAAGGCUGAUGUUAGAACUGAGUAUAGUCCGGAGUUUAAGCAUCAUAUUUUCUCAGGGAUCUCCACAAACUAGCGGGUGUCCUCGCUGUCCCUGUGAGACAGCCUCUGUACAGGAGAGGCCUUAAGUGAAUUGUCACUGUCCUGGAGGUCCUCUGGAGACACUGAGAAGCUGCAUGUAUGUACUCCAGAGCCUGGUUUCUGUGCUCUCCAGAACAUGAAAGCGCCCAGCAUGGACGUUGCUUACUGGGAGUAGUAAAUUAAGUAUGAGCCCAGUAGGGAGUUGUGACGUUUUGAUGGAAUAACCUCGUGUAUUUCAUUUAUUUUCCUGGCGAUCUCUGAGCAGGCUUCAGAUUUUGACAGUUAUGAAAGAUCCAAGCAUUAAUGUGUGGGUGAAAAGCUUGGUGAAAUUCUGAGUGAAGUCUUAGUUAAAGUUGGUUGAACUUGGAAUUGACUGGGAGGCCAAAGAUUUAAAAAGCAGAUUUUCUCAAGACACAGUUGUGUGAUAAUGGUGUGUGCUUCGUGUGUGUGCGUGAGACUUUGUAAAUGUUGAAUUCUAGGCUCCGACAAUCAUUGUAGUGCAGAUCAGACUGCAGAAUAUUUAUGUUUUAAAUUUAAAUUAUAAAGCUAGUUAAGUCUUCUAACAACUAGUUUUAAUGUUCAUGAGCAAAUUUUGCCUACAUUACCUUUUCAAGAUGUUGAAAAAGAUGCUUCCGCAAGCCCAGGUUGGAAGCUGGGAGGUGGGUGGUUCUAGGAGAGAUCUUUGUGGAUUCAUUCUUACUCAAUGCCUUCUGGGAUUGAGUAAGUUUUAAUCUAUUCUGUAAGAUUAAAAGGAAAAAAACAAAAACACAAUGGAAAUUAAAACCUCAUUAAAUUAGUCUUUAAAAACAUUGUUACCUGAGAUUGAGUGGGACUUUUGAGGGCUUUGUUCCAGAAAACAAGGACCGGGUCCUCGGGCCUACAUUAGGCCUGACCCCGGAGCCAUGUGUUUGUGCCUAAAAUCAUCUCAGUGGGAAGUAUCUUAGUGACUCUAGAGACUCCCGGGACAGUGGGGGGGUCUUCCAUUUGAAAACUGUGAUACUUGCAUGGGAUUGUUUGAAUCUUGUUUCCUAGUCUCCCUUUCCCCAUCACUACCCUCAUAGUCUGAAGGUAGAUUUUUCUCUUGAUAAAGGAACACAAAAAUGAACAUCUUACUUGUAAAUUGAUAUCUAGUAACUAGUGGUAAACUUGAAAUGGUAGCAUUCUUUACAGCUUAAUCCUAGGUAGCCUUAGAGAAAUGUGUCUUUAUUAUUUCUGAACCUGCAUCCAUCUUGUCUGCCCAAGCUGUCUUAAGUUAUGUUUCCUUUUUUCAGAGCUGCUUUUUAUUUUGGGGCUACUUUUUUUUUUUUUUAAUUGAGGCGUAAAUCAUAAAAGACUACAUUGCUUUGAUGAGAGACUUUUUACACCGUCAGGUUGUCUUUGUCUAGUCUUCCAAGAAGGGUCAUUGUGCUUUUUUAGAUAAAUCCUGACAUGGGCUACUUCAGAUGCAAAGUAAAACCCAAGCUCUCACCUCACGUGUUUCACUCUGAAUGUGGCCAGCGGAAGACACGACUUGCCUGUUAGCACACUGUUACUUGUAAACGGAAAUGCUGAAGACACUCAGCUUUCUUUACAGAAAAUCAAGGUUUCCUGAUGACUGGGCACAUGAGGUGAGCUGACAGUCUUGGUUCAGGGUGAUCGGAUUGUGUAGACUGACAGUCUGUGUACUGCUGGCUAAGUGUGAUAGCAUCUGCAGUUCUCUCCCUCCCGGUAGUUACUGAACUCUUUAAAACUGGUAUUGUGACGUUACAACAAUGUUUUGCGCCAAUUUUAUAAACCUUUACAGUGCAAUAUGUGUUACUUUUCUGAGGCAAACCAAAGGUAUAUUUCUCAAGGUUCUGCUGCCAUCAGCAGCAUUUGAUGGAGGAUUUUUUUUAUACAUUUGUAAUAGGUAGAGAUGAAACAGAUUGCAGUUUGUUUUUUGUUAUUUUUUUUUUUUUAAAUUGUAAACCAUGUACCAGGUUUCUGGUCAAGAUUGUGUAGGAUAAGUUAAACAUAAUUGCAUUCUAUUAACCAAUAUGAGUGUAUUUCUUAUGCAUAUAGUUACAUUGAAAUAAAGUUCUAAAAACUA